AUGCCUUCAAAUUACGGCCAGAUUCUGGAUCCAGCCAAGAAGGGCAAGGCCAUCAAGUCUGCCUAUGACAGCGAGACGUUCGAUGCCGACGGCACUAUCCAUGUCCCUGGAAUGGUAGGGUCGGCCACAAUAUCACCCUGUGGACGCGACGUAGCUCUCGCAUCUCCAGAAGGCCUUGCUAUCAUCGACCUCGACUCCCCUUUCAGUCCCCCUCGGAGGCUGAGCAGCCAUGGACUGCCCUGGCUGGUGGUGGAUGUUCAGUGGUCUCCUUUCGCGGCGCGAGAGUUCUGGGUGGCUUCGACCGCAAACCACCGAUGCCUGGUCUGGAAUCUGAACCUGCGAGAGGACUCUGCAACGGGCGCCAUUGAGCAUUCUCUUCAGGGCCACAGUCGAGCCAUUACCGACAUCAACUUCUCGGCACAUCACCCUGAUCUGCUCGCCACAUGUGCAGUCGACGGCUACGUCCAUAACUGGGAUCUCCGAAAGCCAAGACAGCCUGUGCUGACUUUCUGCGACUGGUCGGCCGGAGCCACUCAGGUCAAGUACAACCGCCAAGAUCCUAACAUAUUGGCAUCUUCUCACGAUCGUUGGCUGCAUAUAUGGGACGACAGAAAACCCUCCAUACCCCUCAAGUCUAUCAGUGCGCACACUUCCAAGAUCUACGGUCUUGACUGGAACCGUACCGAGUCUACAAGUGUCGUCACAUGCUCUCUAGACAAGAGCAUCAAGUUCUGGGACUAUGCUGCCUCUGACGAACCCCAGCGCAUCAUCAGAACGGAAUUCCCCGUGUGGCGCGCCCGCCAUACACCAUUUGGAUGGGGUCUCCUCGCCAUGCCCCAGAAUGACCCCGGGAACCUCUAUUUGUAUGACAUUCGCUGCCGUGAAGAGGAGCCUGUGGACAAUACUGUUGACCCUUUGGCAAUAUUCCCUGGGCACGGGAAUCACAAAGUCAAAGAGUUUCUAUGGAGGGCUCGCGAUGUCGUCUCUGAUGAUGGGGUGGACAAUCGAGACUUCCAGUUGGUGUCCUGGGGCGAAGAUAACUAUCUCCGGCUACACAGAGUAGAUUUGCAGAUUUUGGAGUCAGUUGGCCACGUGAAAGGGGGGCAAGCUCGAAAAAUACCCAUGACACGCAAAGGAGCUGCCCACAAGACUUAUCGAGCAGCCGACGACCAUGCAAAUAAGGAGAAGAGGUCAGCUACGAUGAGUGAUCCUCGUCCUGGCAGUGGAGGUGGUCACCACAGACGCAGUGCUCUCACCCUCGGCAUGCAGACCAUGACGCCACACUAUUCUCGCACUAGCAGUGCAACUGCAUGGAAAGGUCCGUCGAUGAAGGCAAAGCCCACUGCCGCAAAAGGGGGUGAUCGAAGUCUUGACCAGCUUGGGUGGAUGAAAGGUAUCACGAUGAGUAAGAAGAAACUGGCGGCUGUUGGGACACCACAGAGAAAGGAAUCCAGAGACUCAACAAUGUUUGGUCCGAGUUUCCACGAUGAGCAUUGGGGCGAGCCAGAAACAUUGCAAGAGGAGAUCAUUCGUGUGAACCAGCAAUUGCCCAACGUUCAAUGGGAUAACGUUGAUAUGGAUGCACUCACUCUCAAAGCGUCCCUAAGGGGACCUUGGGGUACUGAGGGCGAUACCAUUUACAUCAAGGUUAAGGUCGAUAUUCCUACCAAUUACCCAAAAUCGAGGUCACCUAAAUUCCUGGUCGAGAAGACUGCCUUGAUGGCGGACGACACGUACAAGAAGCUUGAUCAAGAAGUGAACCAACUGGCUAGCCAGUUUUCGAAGAAACGUCAGAACUGCCUGGAGGUUGCCUUCAGCUAUCUUCUCGGAGAGAUAGAUCUAUCGAGUAGUGAUGCAUUCUUCAAGAAUGUCAAGGAUCUGGACGAUGAUCUCGGCGGUCUCGAGGACGAGAGUUCGAGUGACGAGGAAGACAACGAGAUUCCCCCGGGUGGUUCGGCGACCAUGUCCCAAGAAUUGACUGCCAGUGUUGAGCUCGACGCAACCCUAGCACCAAUCAAUCGACCUACGAUACCACCUCUUCCUCGUCUCUGCGGUGGCAGAUUUUCGAAUGACGGAAAAUUGGUCUGCUUCUUCCCUACUAAGGAAGAGAAAGCUAAGGCUUUGCUUUUCACUCCCACCGAAUCCUACAAGGAGCGCCCCAAAGGCGAGCCUACCUUUGCCGGUUUUGGCCGACUUCAGCAAGACUCGACUCCUCCGAGAAGGCGGAACAUGAACGAUGAACUGUCUGCAACAGAUGACCACUCCGAGUCGGAAGCAUCCGAGGAUUCUUCGAGUUCUAGUGACUCCGAGACCACCUACAUGCACAAGAUCAACAUGUGGUAUUUACCGGGCCGACGAUUCAGGAAGACAUUCAGCGGCACUCACUCCAUGCACUCAAGUGGUGGAGGAACUGGUAUUGGCACUGGUACCGGAACUGGAACCAGCCGACGGCGCCCUGCAAGACCGAAAAAUGUUGUGUCUAUAUAUAACCUUUGCGAUGAGCUGCCUUCUAAGCGGGAAUUCGCCCACGAGUAUAUCAUAUUCGGGGAUGGUGCCGCUGUGUGUGAGCACAACGCUGACGUGGCACAUAAGUACGGACGACACGACCUGGUCGAUAUCUGGAAGUACGCGGCUUUGCUGCUUCGAAAGGAGAUCCCGCUGGAACUCUUUGGCAACGACGAGAAACGCAUUCUAGUCAUUGCCAAAGACGCAGUCGCUCGUUUUGGCGACAACGGGCAUGCUGCCAGUCGCUCUGCUGAUGCUCCCCUGACUGGGCGAGUCAAGUGGGGUCAGCAUCCUCUCGCGAAGGGCUUGAUCAGUGAUCUAUUUGACCACUUUGAAAGACUUGCCGACAUACAGAUGCUUGCUAUGCUCUCAUGCAUAUUUAGCGAGUCGUCGACCGAGGACAGCGUUGCGUACGCGGAGUCGCACCUGACCCAGCCGGAGACGCCACUGCCCAUGAAGGCACCGUCGUUCUCGCUGGAUUAUUUCCCCACGGACGCGUCUCUGUGGCAUGCUGAUAGCACCAUGGCCAAAGCCCAGCUGGACUCGGCGAUCUCGACGCCCAAGACGCUGCACACUCCAGUUCAAGUCGUUGGUUCCUAUGGGUCUGAGGAGGGUGCAUGGGCUGGUGAGCCCGAGUCCACUUCCUACUCAUGUGGCGAGACGCCUCCGACCAGAACGCCAAAAGACCACAUGUCGGAGGGUGACCCUACUCAGAGCUUGUCUACAUCGCCUGAGAACAGGCUACUCCGUCGCGCCAACACUGCACUAACCUCGAGUCUUGCCAGCUUUCCCAGGCCUUUCGCCACUGCCGCAUCAACAUCACCCCCCAACCGGAAACAUCCUAGCCCGGGCGAAAACUUCCUUGCCAAUCUGGCCCCCUCAAACAUCACUUGGGGUGGUUCCACCAUCCUAGGACCUACGUCGGAUCCGUCCGCUCCGACACACAAUUCGUAUUCUGACGAGGAAUCGCGGCCGGCUGAUGCUCCUCCUCUUGUCUGUUACGGCAUAUCCAUCGAGAUGGCGGACCAGACCAUGUUUGAUGACGACGGCUGGUCGGCGGUGCCUUUUCUUGAGCCUUCACGCACCGUCACGUAUGCCAACUACCGGUACGCAUACGCCGAGAUGCUUCAAAUGUGGGGUCAACCUCUGGCUCGCCUUGAGAUCAUGAAGUUCAAUGUUCUCAAAGAUGACGUGCCGGGUCCCCAGCCUGGCGUGAAAGGAUUCAACGAUUCAUACCACAGCACCGAAAACACGAGCCAUGCGUCGCAAUCGCACCUAGUCCUGGGCAAGAAGGAACACUUGCAAUCGUUGAUCACAUCAGGCCGCGGCCUCGAUGUUACCGGCAUAUGUCGCGUGCACGAAACUCACCUGGAUCCCAUCCGAUCGAUGCAGGCGGGCGCAACAGCUGGCGGUGCAGUUGGGAGCUGCGAGCGCUCGGGUGAUGAGUGUGAUUGCGUCGAAGAGGCAAGCAGCGGUCAGGUCGAGACCUGGGCCGCCAUGGUCGGUGCCCUGCGACAAGGCAAAGUUCGCAAGGCAUUUGAAGAGAAAGAAGAAAGGAGUUCCCGCGCAAAGCGUGGGUCAAUAGAUAAGAACGACUGGGAAAACAUCGCCACGGGAGCAAACUUGCCGCUCGCCGAUGGGCAGGGCAAGCCCCUCGAGCAGCACCAAUCUCAGCCACCUAUCUCGGCUGCUAGAAUAAGUUUGGGGAAUCGGCUGCGCAAGAGCGCUGGCAGUUGGGGCAGCACGGCGUCAUUGCGCAAGAAAUCUGGAAGUGUGAGCUCUGGAUUGGCCAGACGAUGA